GAGCAGUAGCAAAGCUACUAUGUACCGCUAUAUGUACCGCUUUGUAUAAUUUUGAAUCAAUAAGUCAACAUUUAAAUAAAAAAACAGUGUUGUUAUAUGAACAUAUAGUACAUGUGGUAUUGCAGGACGACGAGUUCUUGUGAAUAAUCGUGUGCUUUCCCUUUAAAUAUGUGUUGUCCACGCACUGAGCUAUGUGGUUUGACUGUUUCUGCGCGUUCCCGAUUAUGGCGCUGUCUAGUGCUGGAAGGAGUGUGAACGCGACCGCCGUACCGAGAUCACCGUAAACAGCGAAGGAGCACUGUUUAAGAACAGGAUCAUGUCUUUCUAGAGAAAUGUGAAGAAAAUCAAGUCUUCUACUCAGGGGUCGUCCGUGAAAUAUAGAAUUUUAAAAAUGUAUAUAUAUAUAUAUAUUUAUAUAAGCUAUUCAGCUUUCCACCUUGAAAACUACUGGCGAAAUAACUCGUUUGGGAACUGUAAUUAGCGGAUUUAGCUUAUCAAAUUUGCAAUUAACUUUGCUCAUCUAAAGGCUCGCAUAUAAUAUUUCUGCGAUAUCGGUAUACAUGUCAGUUAUCAGAACUUAGGCUUCCAGUUUUAUGCUUGCUGUGUUGCGGAAUACGGCGGUUGCGAGUGAUGCUGACCAAAGGAAUGCCAUUUUAACAUUGCUACAGUUCCCUCUCAGAUUAAUUUGUAGCUUACUGUUUGAAUCUAAAUGCCCUGUUUGUUAUAAUCAUUUAUGAAAUCAAUUAAACAUGAUUCGGUGUGUAGAAUCAAUUAAUAUCGGACAGUGGGAUGCUACAUAAUAACAACUGAACCACGUAAGAAAACAAGAUACGUGAAAAGCUCGUAAUAGGGAUUAAUCACUUUAUUAUAGCCCAUGAUGGUUUGAAUGCUAAUGACCGUUUGUGAUGCGCUUAAAACUAUCUAAGCUUUUAUACCUUUUAAAGCCGAGGAUGCAUCAACGGUUCAUUACUUAAUUUAUUCUCAAAAUAUCCGCAAUGAACAACAUUUUUUAAAUAUAUAUAUUGUAAUGAAAAUUAAAUAUCAGAUUUUUGUUUAAAUUAAAGAUCAGAUUUAAGGAAAGUUGUUUUUCUGCAUACUUCCUACGACAUGGCCGUGACGGUACUUGAGUACAUCAGUUACAUGUUUUUCGUGAUCCUUUUUUUCUUCUCGUUGCUGACCGUCGUAGGCUGGGCUGCACAGCAUAGUUUGGGCAAACGGGCUCUUCGUAAGAUGGCUUCGCCGCUUUCUGUAAAUUCAAAACCCAAAAUUUUCCCGCCAGCCAUAUGGGACUCUUUGUUGAAACUGAGUUUCGGAUGGCAGGAAGAAGACGCCUAUAACGGGCUGAAAAGCUUAUUGUCGUCGCUGCUCUCGUUCGAACCCAUGAGGGAAAACUGUCGCCAGGCUUGGGUUCAAGCACUCAAUAAGCAAGCUUGUAGACCCGGGAGUUCAAUGCGAAUAAACUUUGGAGAGAACCUACCGUUUCCAGCGUCUGCUAGCAUUGACUGCAUAACAUAUGCUGGCCAAUCAGCACACAGCAUGGUGUUGCACUGCAACUGUACAGUGGAAACAGUAACAUUUCCUGUGACUGUCACCCAGCAGUCACCUGCAACAGUAUCUGUGGAUACAUUCCAGGUUACCAUAGCACCGGUGCAGGCACAGAUGGUAGUGCAUCUGGAGGACAUGGAUAAAGAAGGUCUUCUUGCAUCAUGGACCUUUUCCCAGCAGCCCCUAUUGCACUUGACGGUGGUGCCAUGCCAAGUCCAGCAAGAGGUUGGCAGAGAGUUUGACUUAAACGUAGUGGGUGAGCUAGUGAAGAGCACAAUUAUCAACAGCCAGCCUGCCGUGAUUCUCUGCCUCAGAACCAGUGAUCCAGAACUCAAGUCCGAGGAGGAAAACAGCCACCAUGGAGACCUGAAUCCCAGCUCGCCUGUCCUUUCUGGAGUGCCAGAGUCACACUGUCACUCCUCCUUAAAGAUGAAUGUGGUGGAGAGACCGCCUGCAGGGAAUUCAGCAGGUUACCCUGUGGAGACCCAUGGGUUACCCAGUCCCAUCCAAACUUCGGACAGUGAGGUCUCUGACAGGCAGGUCUCCAAGGCUGGGGCUGCUGUACAGCCACUGGUGGAGCCUUCUGACAAAGCAGCAAAGGGGACACCUCCCAAGAGGGUCACGCUGAAGGCUCUGAUCAACGAGGAUGGCUCCACCUCAUUGGCUGGAAGUCUUGCAGCGAUGGACACAGGACGUGAGCCAGGCACGAUGAGGGAGGUUGCACACUCCAACAAUGACAAGCGACCUUCUGUGCAUGACCCUGGAUGGGAGAUGGGUUCCACAGGGGCACUGGAGACACACAGUCUAAAGGACCAGAAAGGGGGGUUCCUCCGCAGCAGCACCAGACUUCUGCUCCGGAAAAAGUCUCGGCAGAAGGACCCCAGUCUCAGUCGGUCCCACGAGGAUGUUGCCGAUUCGAGCAGCGGGUGCUCACCACGCAGAAGGUCCAGCAGUUUCUCCCGGCGCCUGAUCAAGCGGUUCUCUCUCCGCUCCAGAUCCGGGGGGAAGUCCAACCUGGGUGGGGGGUUGGGCUGAAGGAGGGGGCAGGAGAGCUGGUCAAGUGGGUGAGAUUUUCACCUCAAAGUACUGUGGAAUCAUCUCUGUCGUUUCAGGUUCACCAGAAGGAAACCACUAGCGUGUUUCAGUUCUGAGGCUGAAACAUGUCUCUUACCAGCAGAAGCUGCAUUAGACUGUCUUAUUGUCAUUUUGAUAGACAGGGUAGUAAAAAUUCUGCCAUAAUCUAUCAUUUGAAUUUUUUAAAGAUAAUAAGAUAUAUUAAAUAGCAUUUAAUUUUCAUUAA